CAGACACACACAUUGCUGUGGAUGGCGAGCGAGCUGCAAACAGACCAACAGCAGUCGCUACUUGCGUGGGGAAAAAAGAGGAAUGGAGUGAGUGUUGCAUGAGGGAGAGGAGGAAGAGCGAGCGAGGAAGAGUUACCGGAAGGUGAACCGUCAGAGGACUCUGUCCGGCCACAUUCGGUGUCUCCGCGUCACCGGGAGCUGAAGAGGAGAUCCCAAACUGCCUCCAGCCUGAAAACGUAUUAUUCCUGAACUGAUAGAACUCGGUUUGACCUCCUGACCUUUCCCAGUGCGUGACGUUGUUGACGUGGAUUGGUUUUUACCACAUGACUGGACAGGAACAGUUUGUCCGAGGUAACAAAAAGCCUGCCUGAGUGACUCGGGUAUUUCCAGAACCUGAGACAGCCAGCGUUGCCCUCAGCAGCUUCAUGCUGAGUUUUAAAGUAGGCCUCUAUUAAAUCCUGGACAAAUGAAACCGAUCCUGGCUUCUCUGUGCAGAACAAAGUUGCCCUGAAGACCUCCGAGAAAUAGAAGUUCAGCCGGCUCGUCCUGCAGGACUCUGUGGUUGGUGGUGCUUUUGCUCACAGUUGCACACAUACAGUACAUCUCAACAAAAGGAUUAUUUGAUUAUUUGACUAAGCAGGAAGACCUAGACACGGGAGGUGGAACAUUCUUUUAAUGACGGAGAGAAGCUGAGCUGCUGACAGCUCGAACACGUGGAUGGAGAGGAAGGAGGAGGUGAAGUCCAUGUCUCUGCCGGCCAACCUGAGCUGCCUGCAGGGCGCCGGGGGGGCGGAGGGGGAGGAGGCGGCGCUGGCCACGCUGGAGAAACAGCUCAUCUGUCCCAUCUGUCUGGAGCUGUUCAACAAACCGGUGGUCAUCCUGCCCUGCCAGCACAACCUGUGCAGGAAGUGUGCCAACGAGCUCUACCAGCCGUCCCUUUUCCAGGCUCGCACCACCAUGCAGGUGAACAGCGGGCGUUUCCGCUGUCCGUCCUGCCGCCACGAGGUGGUGCUGGAUCGCCACGGCGUCUACGGCCUGCAGCGGAACCUGCUGGUGGAGAACAUCAUCGAUGUCUACAAACAGGAAGUCAGCAACAACAGCAACGCCACAAGCCCCCUCCCUCUUCCUCCACCUUGUGCUCUGCUGACGUGUGCAGACCAUGAGGGCGAGAAGGUCAACAUCUACUGUCUCACCUGUCAGCUUCCUACCUGUUCUCUCUGUAAAGUGUUCGGAGCUCAUCAGGCCUGCCAGGUGGCUCCUCUGACAGACAUCUGCCAGCAGCACAAGGAUGAGCUGAGUGAAGCAGUCAGCUCUCUGGUGGCGGUCAACGACAAAGUCCAGACUUUGAUUAAUGAGCUGGAGGAGACGUGCAGAAACAUAGAGGAGAACUGUAAGACUCAGAAACAAAGUGUGUGUGAGACGUUUGGCCGUGUGUUCUCCAUCCUGGAGGAGAGACAGAAGAUGAUGACGCAGCGAAUCAGCACCGAGCAGGAAGAGAAGACAGGCCACGCCCAGGCGCUGAUGUGUUGCUUUGGAGACAGCGUGGAGGCCAACAGCAAACUGGUGGAGCGAGCAGUGAGCAGCAUGGAGGAGCCAGACAUGGUUGCUUUUGUUCAGAAUUCAAAGGAGCUGAUCACAAAAGUGAUAACAGCCAGUGGCUCCUGUCCAGCUGAGACUCUGAAACCAGGCUGUGAGAGUUUCAGCCACUACAGAUUUGACUUCAGUAGACAGGAGAAAGCUCUGAAGAGCAUUGACUUCCUCAAAGUUGUGGAAGAGGUUCCUGAAGAAGCAGAGGUGGAACUGGAGCCAGAGGAACCCAAAGAGCCCUCUGUCCAGAACGUGGAACCAGAACAGCAUCAGGAAACCUUGGCCCAGAACCUGGAACCUGGUGUAGAAGCAGUUCCAGAGCUGAUAACCCCACCAGAGGAACCGGCUGCAGGCCCGGUGACUUACACCGUGGAUCCUCUAGAGGCGCUUCUGCAGCCAGAGACUGAAGACCCGGACGUAGCUGAUGGAGGAUCUGGUCUGUUGAACAGGGGUGUCGGACUGGGGGUGGAAAUGGGACUGAGUACCCAGGGCCCUCAUGUGAGGAGGGCCCAAAAAGAUGCUGGAAUGAAUAGCUCUGGAUACAGGGAGGGGCCCAUAGAGAAUGCCUUUCUACAGGGCCCAGAAUUUUGUGCUGCGCCCCUGCUGAUGAAGAAGAAGGAGGCGGAGGGACAUGCUGAUCCUGUUAAAGAGGGAAACGUCUGUGAAGAGCCGGAGGGAAUGAGCACAGUACAGGCUGUCACUCUGCUCUUCUACCUGUUGGCCUUCCUGGUCAUCCUGCAGAGGGUUUGGGCUUACAUCGGCUGCUUCAUUUGCACAUAACCCCAGCAGGAGACACAUCCACCCUCACUGCUGCACAGCUCAGAGUCAGAGAUCAUCAUCCGAGGAUUCGACGACAGUAGAGAUAGGCAGAGGACGCGGACGAGGGAGAGGAGGGAGAGGAGGGAGAGGAGAGAGAGGAGAGAAAGGAGGGAGAGGAGGGAGAGGACAGAGAGGCAGAGGUGGAUCGCAUGCGGUAGGAGUAGGGCAAGCGACCGAAGAGGAAGGAACAGAGGGCCCCCAAACCAGCCGAGCCGCCGCGGAGAGAACCGGAGCCAUCCCACGACAAAGACGUGCAACGUCUACAGCUGUCUGGGGUGACAGCUGGAAGAUCUACAAGGUCCCGAAGAGUGGUGUUUUCGAGAGAGGAGCACCUGCGAGUUCAUCAUGUGACAGCAAAAAUGCGAAAGGUGGAGCAGUAUGUCCUGUAUGUCCC